AUGGCAGAAUUUCGGACAAGAUUCUGGAUGCGAGACCUUCGGCGCACGGUUAUCGGCGUGAUAUCACGAUGCGUCGUAUGCGUGCGUGCCCGGCCCAGGCAAUAUCAGCAACAAAUGGGCCAAUUGCCUGCCGCUCGCGUGAAUGUAUCUCCUGCUUUCACCCACACGGGGGUAGAUCUAUGUGGGCCGUUCGACGUCAUCACUCACACUAGGUCAAAACGGCGGGUUUCAGUCUACGUGUGCUUAUUUGUCUGCUUCGCCACCAAGGCGAUCCAUCUGGAAUUGGUGGAGAAUCUAUCGACGUCUGCCUUCAUCUCAGCACUCCUUCGCUUCGUGUCUCUACGUGGAAAACCAGAUACGAUAUAUUCGGACAACGGCCGCAACUUCGUAGGCGCGGCCAGGGAAUUGAGUUUGCUACGUAAGGCUUACAACAAUCGCGCCUUCCAGGACGAACUCGUGGAUUUAGCUGCCGAGAAGGGAGUACGGUUCUCCUUCAUACCACCUCGGAAUCCGACCUUCGGCGGCCUUUGCGAGGCCAACAUCAAGGUGGCCAAACGUCUUUUGAAAUCCACUGCCCGAGGCGCUUUGCUCAACUUGAUCGAGCUGCAAACUCUGCUUUAUCAAAUUUCAGCUAUUCUCAAUUCUAGGCCACUCACAGCUAUCCACUCCAGCCCUGAGUCCGUUGAAGCACUCACUCCAGCGCACUUCCUGAUCGCACGGGCAUCAUUCUCGAUUCCUGCUACUAUCCAAGACGACGACACGGACGGUGUCAAGACGAGAUGGAAGCGAGUGCAGAAAUUGACUCAACAAUUUUGGUCUCGCUGGCAAGCCGACUACUUGUCCCAGCUGCGAUGUUACGCCAAAUGGACGAGACGAACUCCCAACGUACAAGUUGGGCAAAUUGUGCUAGUGGGUGACGACAACCUCCCGGUCGGACGAUGGCCAAUUGGCGUAAUUACGAAGGCAUAUAUUGGAGCUGACGGAAUAGUACGCGUUGCUGACAUUCGGACGAGCAGCGGUAUCUACAAGCGCAACGUGAGGCUGUUGGCGCCACUCCCGAUAGAUGGCAUGGAGAAGGAUGACGACGAGGUGCCUACUGAAAGAUCGGCCCCUGCAACUGACGAGGCGGGAAAAAUCGAACAGCAUGCAAUGCAGCCUUAG